AAUUGUCCUAAGUGGUCAUCUGAUCUGGGAUAAACUAGAGAGAUAAACGAUACACCCCGUAUUAAUGUCCUCAGGCCAACAAAUAGAUGGUUUCAUUUCGAUGUAAGUCUCGAACGAAAAAUCAUGACGCAACAGCAUCAAACUUCUGUUUUGAAAAUGCAACAAAGAUUGUUGAAAUUAUUAUUUUGGAUAGUUUUAUUUGUAAAUUAUACUAGAGGAUUUCGCUGUGACAGAAAACCUUUCGGGACCACUUCUGUGGCUUCAGCUCCCGAUGGGAGAUUCAAACUACAAGUUGUGGGAACAGACAAUACAUAUGUACCGAAUCAAUCGUACACUGUUCAAAUAACGGAGAAAGACGGGGAGUCCCAGUUCAUCGGCUUCAUGAUAUCGGCUGAAGGAGACCUGAAGCCGGACCCUCGCAGUCCCAGGCGGAGCGUCGCGCAAUUCCCUGGCGUCCUGUCCCCCGCAGAUCCCAUGUCGGCCAAAUUCACUGACCGCUGCCUGGGCUCCGUCGAACAAGCCUCCAAUUUGCCCAAAUCAUUAGUCGAGAUCCGUUGGGCAUCGCCCCCAGCAGGAAGUGGCUGCGUGACUCUCCGCGCCAUGGUGGCUGAGAAUGAAGACACAUGGUACAUAGACGGAGCUCCACUGUCUCGGAGACUGUGUGAGGAUUUACGACAGCCGGAUGAUGCAGCCCCGCAGAUCAAUGAAAACUGUGAAGUUUGCGGUGAAGCUAAGUAUGAGGUGGAAUUCACGGGAAUGUGGUCCAGAAACACGCACCCACAGCAAUAUCCCGAGAACGACUGGACUCCUCAGUACAGCGAUCUGGUGGGGGCUUCACAUGGGACUCAGUACAUCUUGUGGGCCCCUGGUAGUCUGGUCAGCGAGGGCUUUCGGGAUUUGGUCGAGCACGCCAACUCUAGUAAACUGGAAGGGGAGAUCGUGGAGAAGAUUGGCGACGAUGUGCGCACAUUGAUAAAAUCAAAAGGUCUUUCCUAUCCUAAAAUGAAUAACCCGACGCACGCUAUCUUCCGCACUGACAAGAAUCACCAUCUCGUCACCGUGGCUGUGGGCAUCGUGCCUUCGCCUGAUUGGUUCCUGGGAGUGACCAGGUUCGACCUCUGUCAGGAAGACAGCACGUGGCUUAAAGAUCGGGAAUUGUAUUUGUUCCCUUGGGACGCUGGGACUGACAACGGCGUGUCUUAUGAGUCUCCAAAGAGCCUAACGUUUCCGCAAGGCGCCGUGUCGCGCGUGGACAUGAACUCUUACGACAGAAACUCCCCCUUCUAUCAGAUCGACAUCAAGGACUUACACCCGUUCGGCAAACUGCGGCUGCGACUCAUUAGGACCUACCACGAUGAGUGCGAGAGCUCCACAGAAGAGGGUGAUACAUCUACAGAAGAAAGUGGCAAAGAGGAGACAGCAGCAGAGCCCGAGGAACCCUCCAGGUAUCAAAAUGGCGACCACGUCGAGGGUGAACAGCCAAUAGUGGAGGACCCAGAGGUUUCGAAAGACUGCCCGAUGACUAAGUGGCAGGAUUGGAGCGAGUGCAACGGGAGGUGUGUGAACGGGGUGGUGAGGGGGUACCGCUGGAAGGAGAGGUACCACCUCGUUGACGGAGUACCAGUUGAGAAGUACAAUGUUGGAGAUAGUUGGCGAACUCCAAGAAAGGAAGUUCCUCAAAAGUGCAAAGACGAGAACCCUGACUUUGAACAGGAGGAGUGCGAGGACACCUGUGACGAGAAGCCCAAAGAGGAACAGAUGCCUACAGUUGGUCGCCAGGUGAUGACACGCAUAGUCCCAGGGAACACCUGGUCUAAGAAGAGGGACCUCACGGUGAGGCACUGA